AUGACACAUGUUGGGCCUAGAUCCGCUGAGUUGUCAGAAACAGGGGCCGGAAUCGACAACGGAACGGUGGCAGUCAUGGACACAGUAUUAUGGGAUCGCAAAAUCGAUGGUGGAUUCCCAGAGACGAAAGAAUUGAAGAACAGAGUCCGUAAUAUCAUCGAACCAGAUCGGGAUCUCGGCCACAUCGAUCGGAGUUUGAAGAAGCAGAAGAACCAGGAGGCAGAGGCCCAGCAACAGGGUGAUGAUCAGACAACGACAUUACCGGAGGAGCCGGGUGCCGUUGAGCAGUCUGGCAAGAAAGAAGAGACCAAAGAAUGCGAGGACUGCAAAUGA